AGGAAAUGAUUUAUUCACUAAAGGCUGCUCAAGAUACACUUAAGAAAGUUCAAAAUGUAGCUGAUACAUCUCUGGAUGAGAUGCAGAUGUAUCUUGAACAGUGUAAAAAGGAUCUCAAUGCACACAUGGAUAAAUGUAAACUUGAACUUGAUGACCACGCUGCAAAAUGUACAAAAGUCAUAGGUGAACAUGUAAGAAAGACUGUGGAAUCGACCUAUGAGCAAUCUUGUAAAGAUUUUCGCGGACAUUUAAUAGGGUUUUAUACGACAAAGAUGAAUACCGUGGCUGUUUUGCCGCUAUGGUUGGGUCUUGACAAACCAAUCCUUGAUAUAUUUGUGCAACCGAAAUUGAGUCUUUAUAAAAUUGAGAAAGAUGGAUCUCGAAACAAAACAAACAAAGCGAUUCACCAAUACAAGGACUUCUUUUGCAGUGAUAACAAGCUCAAAUGUGUGUUUAUUCAAGGAGACCCGGGGAUUGGAAAAUCUACAUUCCUUACUAAACUUGCGCUUGACUGGUGCGACGCGGUAUCUUUGCACAAUCCUGAUCACAAGGCUACCUUUAGUGAUGUUGGUACGUUGCAGGACUUCCAAUUUCUGUUCCACAUUUCUCUACGAGAUGCAAUAGGUCAGCGUGAGGUGAUAGAAAUGAUCAAAACACAAAUAAUCGACAACAUUUACAUGGGAUAUAAACGCACACAGGCAUUUGAUCUUUUACAACAAAUUUUUGAACGAGAGUCUUGCCUCGUUUCUAUGGAUGGACUUAACGAGUGGGAUGAUCAUUUGAAACAAUACGCUGUACCUAUGAUACCAUACAGUCAUACAAAAUGCGUGUCGUUAAUAACAACACGACCCUGGAAAAUGGCGGACGAGCGGAUCAAAGUUUCUGUAAUUGACAGACUGCUAGAAAUUGAAGGGGUAACAGAUUCAGAACAGCUAACAAAGAACAUAAUACUCAGUCUUCAGACUGGUAAUGAAAGGACACACGCUGAGUUCAUCAAGUUCGUUGAUGAACGUAACUUUGUGCAUUAUCUUACUUCGCCCUGGCUGCAGGGGUUGUUAGUCAAUGUGUGGAUAAGCAAAUCAGAUGUUAAGGGUUCACUGUGUGAAAUAAAUUGUAUUCUUCUAGACGUACUUUUUAAAAGAGCAAAUGGGAAAGACGGAUCUUUUAAAACAGGGUGCUCGAUACAAUGUUUAUCAAGAACGAGAUAUAUUAAGAAACAGAUCAAAAUAUUUGAUGCGCUUGCAAAUGCUGCGUUUCAAUUCACAUUUUCAUCGCAAAAAUCCGUAACGUUCAGUGAACAGGAAUUAGGAAAAUAUUUAUCUAAAAAACAGUUGCACUUUUGCCUCAAUGCUGGUGUUUUAACGACAAGUUGCAACAACCUCCAAGGUGCACAGGGUCCAUAUUUUUCAUUUACACACGAGACAGUUCAGGAGUUUUUGGCAGCAUUUCAUAUCGCGAAUAAAAAGGUAGACCUGAUAGCAUAUUUCAAAACCGAAAAUAAAUAUAAUGUGUUAGAAAUAAGCCAGACGUUUAUUUAUCUAUGUGGACUUCACUGCGAGACAGCUAAUAUACUGAUUAACCAUUUGGUUGAAGGGGAUUUCCUCAGCGACAUAAGCCGUGGAUUGAGUCUGUUCAUGGAGAACUUUGAAGGAAACCUAUCAGCAUUUCAGAACGAAAAUUUCACAACGGACACCGUUGUAAAAUUAAAACAAAAUAAGAUGAAUAACAAUGCACGUUGUCUUGUACUAUCAGUUUUGUUCCAGCGCAUGAUUAUAGCUGGUUUCAGUGAAGCAAAAGUGAGCGGUCAGAAGGACAUUUGUCUGCAGUGUAUGGAUUUCACAUUUCAUGACUAUCUAAAUGAAUGCGAUUCAAACGCAUUAAAGGAGCUGCUAAUUCUCAACAAGUCAAAUGUUCGCUCACUUCUAUUAGAAAAUAAUAGUUUAGAGGUAAGCGAAAUACUGGCUGUCCUGCAGCAGUCCAAGCAUAGUCUUGAACGACUGAAGACUACAGUAGAACCGGAAUUAUUCCUGCUACGUUGGAUCGCAUAUCAUUACAUGAAGUAG